AUGGCAGAGGCUCUCGGAAUUGUCUCUAGUGUUAUCGCUGUUAUCGAUUUAUCUGUAAAGGUUACCUCACGAUGCUCUGAGUACUACACGAAUGUCAAGAAUGCUCGAGACGAUAUCGGACGCCUUCAAAGUGAGGCCCAAGGAUUAAAAGCAAUACUUGAGAGAGCCCGUUCGAUAUGCGAUGGUCCAAAUGGUGUGAGACUUCUCUUGGAGUGGACUUAUUAUGAAUCCUCACAACUUCAAGAUCCGCAGGGCUUGCGUAAGGGAGUGGAGGACUGCCAGAAGCAACUCGCCCAGCUGGAGACAAAGCUCGAGCCUCGAGAAACAAACAAAUUAAUGAGUCGCUUUGGGAGACGCGCUUUGAAAUGGCCUUUUAAAAGCAAGGAGGUGGAUAGUCUUAUAAAGAAACUCGAAAAUUGCAAGGCCAACAUAUCUCUCAGUCUCCAAGUCGACCAAGAGGUGCAAAUUCUUAACAUCCAUCAAAAUAAUGUACUUAAUAAACUGCGAUCUGCCAACAACGCCGCGUUUGACUCCCACGACGAAGAACACAAUGCCCGAUGCUAUCAAGGCACACGAGCGGAACUGCUUCGGCACAUAUAUAGUUGGGCUAGCGAUCGAAACAGUCAGUGCAUAUUUUGGCUAAAUGGUAUGGCGGGCACUGGCAAGUCUACAAUCUCCCGCACCGUGGCCCAAAAUCUUGUCGACAGGGGAGAGCUCGGCGCCAGUUUCUUCUUUAAGAGAGGUGAAGGCGACCGUGGCCACGCAGGAAUGUUUUUUGCAACAAUUGUCACUCAGCUCGUCCAAAAACUACCUUCCUUAGCGCCACAUGUUCAAGAUGCGAUCGAAGCUGAUCCAGGAAUCUCUGGGAAGGCUUUGGGUCAACAAUUCAACACACUUGUUUUGAAACCGUUAGAGAAGAUACAAACCGAUCCUCAGAAGUCUUCCAGUAUAGUGAUUCUGGUUGAUGCUCUUGACGAGUGUGACCGAGAAGAGGAUGUUGAAGCUAUCAUUCGCCUAUUUUCACAAGCGCAACAUAUUGCAUCACUCAAGUUCUUCUUGACAAGCAGACCAGAGCUUCCGAUUCGCAUGGGCUUUGAGGAUAUAAAAGGUAAAUAUGAAAGAUUGAUUCUCCAUCAAAUUCCUGAUCCAAUUGUUAAGGCGGAUAUCUCUUCAUUCAUAGAACACGAACUAGCAACAAUUCGAGUAAAUUAUAACAAAUCAGUCACCCGAAGCCGGCAAUUACCCGCGAAUUGGCCAAGUCACGACAUCGUUCAAAGUUUAGUCGGAAUGGCUAUCCCAUUGUUUAUUUUCGCUACAACUAUCUGCCGGUUCAUCAAUGACCGAAAAUGCGGCCAACCGAAGGAUCAGCUUGCUAAAGUCCUGAAAUAUCAGGGUAGAAACCAAGCGUCUAAACUUGAUGCAACAUAUCUUCCAGUCCUAGAUCAGCUACUCGUCGGGAUUACUCUUUCUGAGAGAACAGAUCUAUUAGAAGACUUCAAGCAAGUCGUUGGGUCAAUCGUCAUUCUUGCUAGCCCUCUUUCCGCUACUUCUCUCGAUCAACUCCUUGGAGUCCCUGAAGGUACAGUUGACAGUAGAACAGACCUCCUCCACUCCGUUCUAAGCAUCCCCUCUCAUCCUGAAUACCCUAUACGACUGCUCCAUUUGUCAUUCCGGGAUUUUCUCACUGAUACUGAGAAGCGCAAGACGAACCCCUUUUGGGUUGAUGAGAAAGAUACCCAUAAGAACUUAGCGAUCCGAUGCCUUGAACUUUUAUCGACGGGCGAAAGUCUCAAGAAAGAUAUUUGCAAUCUUCGGACACCAGAAAAGCCACGAGCAGAUAUUGAUAAACAAACGAUAGAUUUUCACCUACCAUCCGAAAUUCAAUAUGCUUGCCAGUAUUGGGUAUAUCACUUGAAAGAGAGUGGAAGUAGUAUAUACGAUAGCGACCAAGUCCACGAUUUCCUCAAAUGUCACUUUCUCCACUGGCUUGAAUCAUUAAGCUUGAUUGGUAGGCUACGAGAAAGUAUUGGGAUGGUAGAUAGCUUGAUGGCUAUAACAGACCCAAUAAAAGGCAGCGAGAUGUCUAAGUUCCUUUACGACGCAAAGCGCUUUAUCCUCAACUACUACUCUAUAGCUGACUCAUCGCCCCUCCAACUCUACUCCUCUGUGCUUAUCUUCGCCCCUCAAAAAAGUAUUAUUCGAAAUACAUUCCAUAAUUACACUCCUGAUUGGAUUCUACAGGAGCCAAAUACAGAUCUGGAAUGGAAUGCAGUUCUUCAAACGCUUGAAGGGCAUAGCGAUUGGAUUAACUCGGUUGCUUUCUCGGCUGACUCAAAGCUACUAGCAUCGGCAUCAGGCGAUCAAACAAUCAAAGUCUGGGAUGCAGUUACAGGUAUACUACAGCAAACACUCGAAGGACAUAACGAUUCUGUCAGCUCGGUCACUUUCUCGGCUGACUCAAAGCUAUUAGCAUCAGCAUCACGCGAUCAAACAAUCAAAGUCUGGGAUGCAGCUACAGGCAUAUUGCAGCAGACGCUCGAAGGGCAUAGCGAUUCGAUCAGCUCGGUUGCUUUCUCAGCCGACUCGAAGCUACUGGUAUCGGCGUCAGGCGAUCAGACAAUCAAGAUCUGGGAUAUAGUUACAGGCACACUACAGCAAACAAUCAAUGGGCAUAACGAUUGGAUCAAUUCGGUCGCUUUCUCGGCUAACUCGAAACUAUUAGCAUCAGCAUCAGGCGAUCAAACAAUCAAAGUCUGGGAUGUAGCUACAGGUACACUACAGCAGACUCUCAAAGGGCAUAUCAGUUCGGUCAACUCAAUCGCUUUCUCGGCCGACUCGAAGCUACUGGUUUCGGCAUCACGCGAUCAGACAAUCAAGAUCUGGGAUGUAGUUACAGGUAUAUUGCAGCAGACACUUGAAGGACAUAGCAGUUCGGUCAACUCAGUCGCUUUCUCGGCCGACUCAAAGCUAUUGGUAUCGGCAUCACGCGAUCAAACAAUCAAAGUCUGGGAUGCAGUUACAGGUAUACUGCAACAGACGCUCGAAGGGCAUAGUAGUUCGGUCAACUCGGUCGCUUUCUCGACCGACGCGAAGCUACUGGUGUCGGCAUCAGGCGAUCAAACAAUCAAAGUCUGGGAUACAGCUAUAGAUACAUUACAGCAGAUAUUUGAAGAGCAUAGCAGUUCGAUCAGCUCGAUUGCUUUCUCGGCUGAUUCAAAGCUAUUAGCAUCAGCAUCAGGCGAUCAAACAAUCAAAGUCUGGGAUGCAACUACAGGUAUACUACAGCAAACACUUAAAGGGCAUAGCGAUUGGAUCAACUCGGUCGCCUUCUCGGCUGACUCAAAGCUACUAGUAUCGGCAUCAGACGAUCAAACAAUCAAAGUCUGGGAUGCAGUUACAGGUAUACUACAGCAAACACUCGAAGGACAUAACGAUUCUGUCAGCUCGGUCACUUUCUCGGCUGACUCAAAGCUAUUAGCAUCAGCAUCACGCGAUCAAACAAUCAAAGUCUGGGAUGCAGUUACAGGUAUACUGCAACAGACGCUCGAAGGGCAUAGUAGUUCGGUCAACUCGGUCGCUUUCUCGACCGACGCGAAGCUACUGGUGUCGGCAUCAGGCGAUCAAACAAUCAAAGUCUGGGAUGCAGUUACAGGUAUACUACAGCAAACACUCGAAGGACAUAACGAUUCUGUCAGCUCGGUCACUUUCUCGGCUGACUCAAAGCUAUUAGCAUCAGCAUCACGCGAUCAAACAAUCAAAGUCUGGGAUGCAGCUACAGGCAUAUUGCAGCAGACGCUCGAAGGGCAUAUUGGCGUUAGGAAUUUAUCAUUUGACAUCACAAAUUCAACCUUGAUUACAGAAGUUGGCAGUCUUAGGUUUAAUGUAACCACGAACAUCCCUUCACCUUCAUCUUCUCGAGUAAUGAGUAGUAAAAACCACUAUCAAGAAUUGAGUGUUAGUGGGUCUUGGGUUACAUGGAAUGAGCAGAACCUGCUUUGGUUACCACCCGACUUCCGGCCUACAAUCUAUAUUAUCUCGCGUAACGGCUCGAAACUCGCCAUUGGAUGCCAAUCGGGGAGAGUUUUCAUCAUCGGAAUAAACGACCCAUAUAGUAAUAUUCCAAAGUAA